AUGAAACUGAUACUCACAUUCGAUGCUUCAACUGGGACGUUGAUUCUAAAAAAUGUAACGUUGGAAGAUUCUGGAAGUUACAUCAUACAAGGACUGUCCCCAUCACUUCGUGCCAGCGCAACUUUGUCUGUUCAAGAGCCAGUUUCCGACGUGAGAGUGAGUGCCAAUGACACCAAUUUGGUGGAAUUCAAUGACACCGUCAGUCUGACGUGCUCCGCCUCCGGCUCCUCCCUCUCUUACCGAUGGCAUAAUGGAAACACUGACAUCACAGCCAGUGAGCGCAUUCAGCUGAGUGAUAACAACAAGACUCUCACCAUAUCCAGUGUGUUGAGGUCUGACCAGGGGCCUCUGUACUGCACUGUGUCCAACGGCAUCAGUAAUGGUACAAGCCAGCCCGUCCUCCUCAAUAUCAGCUAUGGCCCCAGUAAUCUUAAACUGACUCCAAACCCAUCUAAGCCAGUCUACAGGGCAGAAUCAGAUUUGGUUCUACGCUGCUCUGCAGAUUCAAACCCUCCUGCCUAUUAUUCCUGGGCAUUUCAGGGAGCACUCAUUAACCAAAAGGGCCCAGACCUUAGACUGGACAAUGUUCAACAGAGUCAGAGUGGGAACUACACCUGCUGGGCCCACAAUGAUGUAACCCUCAGGUAUGCUAGUGUAACUACAUGGAUAAACAUCAUAGAGCCAAUAUCAGAGAUAGGUGUAAAUGCCUCUGGGAAACAACCGAUAUUGAACGAACCUUUCACUCUGAGCUGUGAAGUAUCAGGACCAGCAGACUCCAUUCUGUGGCUGAAGGAUGGCUCGUUCCUACCAGUCAAUAACAGAACAACCUUCUCUGUGGACAACAGCACAGUCACAUUCAACCCAGUGCAGCUCUCUGAUGAUGGAGACUAUCAGUGUGAAGCUUACAAUGCAGUGAGCAAUGGAACUAGCCCCAAACACCAAGUACUGGUCAACUAUGGACCAGAGCAGCCAGUCAUCACUGGACCCUCUUUAGCAGUGACAGGAUCAACUGUGACCUUCAACUGCACUGCUACCUCUCGGCCACCCAGUCAGUACAGCUGGUACUUCAAUGGCACUCGGGUGGCGGAGAGUUCAGUGUAUGAAACAGGCCCACUGACCUCAGCCGGUCACAGGACGUACACCUGUAUGGCCUUCAACUCUGUGACUGGCAGGAACAGCACUGCAACAAAGGAGCUCAAUGUUAUCUCCCCUGUAUCCCCAGUCACAGUCAGUCCAAGUACGUCAUUCCCAACACUGUCCUCCAGCCUCACUCUGACCUGUGAUGUCACUGGUGCUGCUAACGCAAUUCACUGGCUGAAAGACGGCCAAAUCCUCGUCCCGGACAACAGAACAACCUUCUCUGUGGACAACAGCACAGUCACCUUCAACCCAGUGCAGCUCUCUGAUGAUGGAGACUAUCAGUGUGAGGCUUUCAAUGCAGUGAGCAAUGGAACUAGCCCAAAAUACCAAGUGCUGGUCAACUAUGGACCAGAGGAGCCAGUCAUCACUGGACCCUCUUUAGCAGUGACAGGAUCAACUGUGACCUUCAACUGCACUGCUACCUCUCGGCCACCCAGUCAGUACAGCUGGUACUUCAAUGGCACUCGGGUGGCAGAGAGUUCAGUGUAUCAAACUGGCCCACUGACCUCAGCCGGUCACAGGACAUACACCUGUAUGGCCUUCAACUCUGUGACUGGCAGGAACAGCACUGCAACAAAGGAGCUCAAUGUUAUCUCCCCUGUAUCCCCAGUCACAGUCAGUCCAAGUACGCCAUUCCCAACACUGUCCUCCAGCCUCACUCUGACCUGUGAUGUCACUGGUGCUGCUAACGCAAUUCACUGGCUGAAAGACGGCCAAAUCCUCGUCCCGGACAACAGAACAACCUUCUCUGUGGACAACAGCACAGUCACCUUCAACCCAGUGCAGCUCUCUGAUGAUGGAAGCUAUCAGUGUGAAGCUUUCAAUGCAGUGAGCAAUGGAACUAGCCCAAAAUACCAAGUGCUGGUCAACUAUGGACCAGAGGAGCCAGUCAUCACUGGACCCUCCUUAGCAGAGACAGGAUCAACUGUGACCUUCAAUUGCACUGCUACCUCUCGGCCACCCAGUCAGUACAGCUGGUACUUCAACGGCACUCGGGUGGCAGAGAGUUCAGUGUAUGAAACUGGCCCACUGACCUCAGCCAGUCAGGGAACGUACACCUGUAUGGCUUUCAACUCUGUGACUGGCAGGAACAGCAGUGCUGUGAAAGAGCUUACUGUCAUUGCUCCCAUAUCUUCAGUGAUGGUUAUACCAAGCUCAUCAAUACCGAUACUGUCGUUCAACCUAACUCUAACUUGUGAUGUCUCUGGUGUCUUCAAUUCCAUUUAUUGGAUGAAGGAUGGUCAUGUCUUCUCUGAGAAUGAGAACAGGACCUUCUCUGUGGACAACAGCUCAGUGUCUUUCAAUCCAGUCCAGAUAUUAGAUGAUGGAAUCUAUCAGUGUGUUGCUUCAAACUCCUUCAGUGAGAAAACCAGCCCUGGAUAUAAACUGCUGGUCAGCUAUGGGCCAGACACCCCAGUGAUUCAAGGCCCCCACAGCGUGAAGGCAGGCUUCCGAGUCACACUGACCUGCACUGCCUUUUCCCAACCUCCCAGCCAUUACUUCUGGAAAUUUAACAACAACACAGACAUCCUGUCCACUACCAAUGUGCUGACCAUGACCGCCUCAGUGUCGAGUGCAGGCCAUUACACAUGUGUGUCCAGGAAUCCUCUGACCAACGUCACAGCUACGGCUACCUUUAGGCUAGAUGUCACAGAACCCUCUGCUGCCCCUGGGCUGCUGUCCAGCAGAGGGCUGAGCCUCACAGCUUUGCUGGGGCUCUCUGUCCCACUACUGACCAACUGGCUGUCCCACUGA